AUGGCAAAAGAUGACCAGAGGUUGAUGAGAGACUGGAGGGACAGCUUUGGUAAACCGGUCCGUCAGCUGACCGUUCGAAAUCAAAAUACCAAGGACAAUGUAGGUACACUUUCAUUGUUCGCAUACACAACACCAGAUCAGCUUCCAAGACCAUUAGAUUUUUCCACCAGAGACGACCUCACAGCUAGAGAAACAGUGGUCACAGAGAUUGAGCAGGAAGCUGUCAGAGGAGCCAUUUUAUUUGAGGCCAACAGUGACAACAGUGUUGUGGUCGACAAGCGCGACCACAUACGUGGAUACCCGGACAGGGGACCCUUGUUUGUUGGAAUUGUCGUAGCUGAUGUCACCGACAAGGAAGAGAAUUCUUUUUGUGAUAUUGAGUUUUUUGUUUCUUGUCUGCUGUUUACUUUGAAUGAAAGCGUACGAAUCCACCGAGAUGCUAUCGUCAGUAAAGUGGGGGAAGAGCAUUUUGCAAAAGGGUGCGGUUUUGUGAAAUUGACGGAGGUAUCAUACGAGACAUUUCUUCGAUACCAAAAUGACGUGGAAGACCUUUUGCCAGAUAAAGAAGGCGGUGAAGAGGACAGCGAGCUCGACUCUGAUGAUGGUGAAAACCCAGAAGACGUCGUCUUUGGAGGAAUGCCACUUCGCACAACAUCCGGGAGAACUGCCAUCCGCCCC